AUGGUGCGCGGUGUAUAUCUCUUCCCCACGACCCCUCAGGCUCUUCGUUCUCGUCAUGUAUCGGUGGACCCUGCAAUCCACAAAACCAGAGGUUGUGCCGCCGGGUCAGCAAGGACAGACAGGCCAUUCGCUAGAAACCUUCCGCUCCUGUGUCGAGCCAGGCAAGGGAUGGGGAGGUGCAGCGGAUUGGCCAUAGGUCUCAGGAAGACCAUUGUCGAAAACGGAACAAAGCGCUGCAGCAGGAUGCAGACGCAGGUCACAGGUUGCAGUGGUGUGCAACAUUCUCGCACUGGACAGGUCUGCGACUCUUCGCCAAGGUUCAAGGUCAACCAUUCCGCCAAGAUCGCAAGAGAGCCACCGGAUGGAAAGGAAAAGCGGGGGUUGGGCCCUCCAGGAAGCGUGCAAGAUCUUCCUGCGUCUCCGCCAGAGGCCUCCGCUUCAAAGGUCACUCCUCUCUCGGGCACGCCGUCUCCUCCAAAGGCCAAGACUUCUGCCCAGCACUGUGGCACUCUCCCAACAUCUCCACGUAUUCCUCGAAUCCUCUCUCAGACUCCGUAUGGAUACGUCCAGCCAGACUCUCGAUUUCUGGGCGUUUGA